GGGGUCCAAGUAGGGGUCCUCAGUAAACGUGGGAGAUGCGAAGACGUACGCGCGGUGUUGUUGACAUUUGACAGCGUCUCUAUGGAACUCAAUAAACGCAAAGGCUUUAGGAAACCCUAAACCCUUUUUCUAUUAAAUUUGGAUUUACGCCGAAGCCGUUACCAUGAUGCCGGGGGAGACUCAAUCCAAAGCCGCUCGGAUCGCGGCAGAAGCGACGGUCGGAGCUUGCCAUAACUGCUCUGUAUUGCAUGGAAGUUUGAAUGAAUAUGUUGCAACCCUCCUCACGCUGAAACAGAAGAUCACUGACUCUGGCCAAUUGCUGAACGAAUAUCAGGAGAAGUGCGAUGAGUUUCAAAGAUCACAAAGUGAAGAGAAAAGGUUCAAAGACCAAGUGAAAGAGUUGCAGGCCAAACUGCUCUCGCUAGAAAAGGAGAAAUCAUGUUGGGAGUCUGUGCAGAAAGAAUUGGAAGAAGCAAAGAAAUCUCUGAGGACUUACGCUCAGAUGACUGAAGAAAUGGAGAGACUGAAGGAGAAAGGCGUCCAAACGACAACAGAGAAUGAGAGACUGCAACAUCAAGUCAAGGAUAUGGAAGACAGGCAAGAAAAGCAGAACCUGGAGAAUGCACAGCUCAGAAGAGAAAGAGCCUCACUUGAAAAUGAUUUGCUGAAAACACAGGCUUCAUUGAAGACCUCUCAGGCGUCAGCAGAUAGGGUUGAAGGCCUGAGAGAGGAGAAUGCCAAGACUAGAACCAUCAAUAGCAAUCUCGAGGAUCAACUAAGGCUGUUUAAAGAAUCGAAUCACAAGCAGACUCUUCAUAUAUCUCAACUAAAUAGAGAAAAGGGUCUACUGGAGAGGAACACGCAUGACCUUCAGGUCAGAUUGCUACGAUUGGAAAGAGAAUUAAAUAAAGAAUGUAGGAGUGUGUCCACUCAAGUGACUGUGCCACCAGAGCCUAAGGUGGACAAAGAAACGGUCCUUCGGCUGCUGGAGGAUCUGUGGACCUGUGUGAACCCGCAGACCCAGCAGCCUGCAAGGGCUUUACAUUUGGCAGAGGCCGAUGUCAAUCAAGUCUCGCCUAGAAACGGACCGCACCAACAUGCGGUGCAAUGGGACCGGCCCCAAACUGGUCUGCCCAGGGUGUUUGAGCCCCACCAGUACACCGUACCAUCCAACACCUCUUCCAUAGCAGUAAAGGCCUCUUCUUCACCAGUGAAGGCCUCUUCUUCACAUUUGAAGCCCUCUUCUUCACCAGUGAAGGCCUUUUCUUCACCAACCCCGUCCACUGCUCCGCAAGCGGCCCAGUGUCUAACGUCUCCAAACCGCGUGGGAGGCCAGCAGAAGAUGGACUCUCCUGCCAAGGGAAAGCGGCGCUCCAAAGCACAACACAAAGGGGAGAAACCGGGCGACGACCAAGGUGACAACUCCGCAAUCCUUGACGAGCUGGCAGAGUUCCUGAAGCCUCUUCCAGCCUGCAUAUCCCCAAUUAUGGACAUGGAGGGUGACUUGAACCAUCCAGAGGGAGAGGCUCAUGAGCAAGAGGCUCCGCCUGGGACCCACCAUGUUGGCCCUCAAGACGAAGACCCAGCGACGGCGCCGACCCCCGAGUCCAACCAGGGUCGGCUCUCUGCUGGAGAGCAAAGCGGCGAGGCCGCACACGCAGCAUUUAGCGCUGAACGUGACGCCCCAGUUCAAAAGUCACAGCCGUGUCCCAACAGCCCUGCACUACCGACGGAACAAUAUUCGGACUCGGGGAUCGUCCAUCGACAGGGCCGUGGCGAUGUCUCAGAAGAAAACGAGUUCACGACCAUGGAGCAUCAAGUGUUGACGGCUGACGUCAAGGAGAUGGGAUUGGCCUGCGACAAUGAAGAGAUGAACGAUGAAGAGGAUAUACAGGUUGACCAACAGUCAGAAAAUGUGCAGUUGAUUACGGAGUCGUGUCGUAUUAGUCCCAGUAAAUCGAUGGAGUUGUCGGCCACAGAAUCGAAAGACACUUCAAAAGGGACCAAAAGGAUUAUCCCUAUGGAAACGGACCUUCACAAUCCUCAACUCUGUCACACUGAGGAUGCUGGACGACUCUCGGAAGCGGAAGAGUUGCGGGAAGACCAGUCACAUGUUUCCGAGAUGGAUGCCGUGGACAAGACAUCGGAUGUAAUUUCUCCUGAUGAAACGACUAGUGAUGGGAGUGAUGUACUCGUGGAAAACAGCAGCAUUGCAGAGUUACUAACUGCAUCAGAGGCUCAUAACAGCAUGUCGGUGGACAUUGAAGCCAGUGUGCUGCCAGGGCGAGCACGUCAGGAUUCAUUAGAGUCUGUCUGUGUGGGAAAGGACCCGCAAGACCUAAGUGUGUUUGGAGCCCAUUCUCAAUCGCCCAAGGCACCAGCUGGUGCAUGCGCCGUCAGUAUCCAUUGUGCCACCGAUGCAAGUGCCGAACAGAAAGUACAGAGCGAUAACCCUCUCGACCCUACGCGGGAAGCUGAUAAAGACACAAUUCAGGAAAUUGAAACGACUGAAGAGCCAGCUUCUGCGGCAAAGCCCAAUGGGGCUGUAGACGUCAGAAUCUGUUCGACCAUUGUGGAUAAAGAGGCAAAGCAACUCCCCAUGAAGGAUAUUACUAUUGGUACAAGUCCUACAAAGGCAUUAAGUCCUUUGAAGGAAACGGGUCCUAUUGAAGCUACUAGUCCUGUUAAGGAAACUAGUCUCAUUGAAGGUAAUACACCUAUGACGGACACUACUCUUAUUGAAGCUACUAAUCCUGUUAAGGAAACUAGUCUCAUUGAAGGUAAUACACCUAUGACGGACACUACUCUUAUUGAAGCUACUAGUCCUGUUAAGGAAACUAGUCUCAUUGAAGGUAUUAGACCUAUGACGGAAACAAGUCAGAUCGAAGAUAUUAAUGUUAUUAAGGAGACUAGUCUUGUAAAGGAAACUAAGGCCAUGAAAGAUGGUGGUGCUAUAAAUGAUACUACUCCCACUAAGGAAACUAGUAAUGCUGAAGAUAGCAGCAUUAUUAAGGUUAUUAGCCUUAUAAGGGAAAAUGGGGCUAUCAAAGACACUAAUGCUAUCCUCAAUACUAAGCAAACUAGUUCUGUGGAAGAUCCUAGUAAUAUUAAGGAUAUUGGCCCUAUAAAGGAAACCAGGGCUAUUCAAGAUACUCGCGCUGUCAUGGAUACUAGUCCUAUUAUGGAUACUAGUCCUAUUAUGGAAACUAGGUCUAUUGAAGUAACCAUUCCUAAGAAGGAACCUUGGUAUGGCAUGGUUACAAGCUCUAUAAAGGAAACCAGUGAUGUCAAGGAUACAAACCCUAUAAAGGAAACAAGUGAUGUUAUGGUUAUAAGCCCUAAAAAGGAAACAAGUGAUGUCAAUGUUACAAGCCCUAAAAAGGAAACUAAUGAUAUCAAAGAUGCUAGUGCUAUUCAAGACACUAUUGCUAUUCAGGACAGAGUCAAGGUAACUAAUAAUUCCAAUGCUGGAGCCCAAGAUAAGGCCGGAACCUUUGUCGCUGCCUCUGUAGUGGUGCGCAGGGAAUUCAAGCACCACAUGCCUGCUUUAUGUCAUCGCGCAGGUCCCGUUUUGAAUCCCGUGGCCCCGUCAGAAAGCGCCAUAGCCGAAGUCUCGUCCGCGGACGCUGGCUCCUCUGCACAGACAUCCAUCAGGACCCGACUGGCAAUGUGCCAGGUCCGCUCAGAGAUGGGCCCGCCUCUGCCCCCGCUCCUAACCCCUCUGAGCACGACGCCUCCCAAGCUGGUCAAACCCAUCAACCCACGGCACGCCAUCGGGAAGCUCUCCUUCCCGUCGCCCUUGAAAGCGCAGCGCUUCUCCAACGUCCCGCCUCAGCCCGGCGCGGCGUGCAACGGCUCACCCCUCUUCGACAGCCCCUCGCCCAACGGCGUCCCGUCGUCGCCGCUCCAGUUCGGCUCCGCCACCCCGAAGCACGCCGUCCCGGUGCCCGGCCGCCUGCCGUCCUCCGCCGUGAGCUCCCCCUCCGGCUCGUCCUCCAGCCCCUCCCAGGAGAGCUCCAUGCGGAUCCUGGACACCAUGUACCCGGACAUGUCGGCGCGUGCCCGGACGCUGAGCAUCCUCCGGGGUAACGUCGGCCUUGGCGGCUCCCCCGCGGAGAGCAGUGCCGCCGCCGCCGCCGCCGCCCACGCCACCGGCCUCGGACAGAUGUCGGGCUUCAAAACGGUCAGCUCCUCGUCCACGGCCUUCACCGAGACUGAGCAGAAGGGCCUGAAGAGGCCCGGGGGCGAUCUGCCCCAGCCCAAAAGUGCCAAGUGCCUCCGGCUGGACCGCCUCCCGCGUAGUCCCGCCCUCCGCUCCGUGGCCUCGCCCGGUCUAGAUGACACCGCUCCACCAGAGUGGUUGCCCGUGGCGGGGGAGCCUCAGAACAAAAGGACCCCUCUGUCGACGGAAGGGGAGGUGCCUGGGGCUAGACGGUCGAUAGCCGACUCCCUGGAGAAAAUCGUAUCGGGCUGCUUCGACCUGUUGCCGGUCAUCAAAAGCCACCUGCAUGUGGGGAACCUGUCCAAGAAACCCGUGCUGCGGGAUGAGGAGAAGGAGGUCAUCGCCGAGUUCUCUCGAAGCAAAUGGUUUACUGCAGAUGAACUGCUUUCUGCAAUCCUGGGCAAGCUGAAGACUGAGAGGUCAACCCUCAGUGGAGAACACACGCAGGCCCUAUGCAGGGUGUAUGCCGGGAUCUGUCGACAGCGGAGAGACUGGGAGAGAGCUCAUAUUUUAGUCUACACCAUUCUCAGAGAAGAUAUCCCAGAUGCUUCUAAGCUGAUCCUGUUUAUAGUGACAACAUGGCCCUGUGUCCUUGCGCAUAAGGGUAAACUCUGCCAGGCCAUACACGCCGUCACCAAAUUAAAGGCACAAGGAGCCAUCCUCAACUGCCUUUCAGCUUACCUGGACUGGAAAAGGAACCCUCCCUGUGAUGUGGAGCAGCUAAUCUCAAGAACACUGUCGGAUGUUCGCAGUGGGGUGGGACUCUCGUUCACCAAGCACAAGAGGUUCGGGGACGACUUGGGUAGCGAAGCAUGGGACCACGUGUUCACACUGGACCUUCUGUGCCAACACAAGAAGUGGACCUGGACCUACGAGAAAGUAUUGGGAGAGGAGCUAUGGCCACUGAUGAACGGUUGGGUGACUCAACCCACUGAUCAACCAAAGCUCAUAUCUGAUAUCACUGUCUCCACUGUCCUCCGACUCAUAGGAAGAUUAACCCAACAAGGAGUCAAAGAAAAAAGUGUUCCAUCUGUGAUGACCGUCAUCAGUGUCAUCAGUACGUUUGUGAGACACUGCAACGCUGAAGGUGUGCCCUGGGAGGUCCAGCUGGCGGCCGUCUACUGCCUCUACGACCUGUCUCCGAGCCACCCGAAGCAAGCGCUGGACGCCCUGGCAGCGUGGAGAGGAGACACAGCCCACAGCGUCCCACCGUCGGUCACCAGCUGCAUCAAUCAGAUAGCGUCUGUCUGCAGACAGGUCCACAGCUUAAAGAACGGAGAAUAAGGCAUGCACUGACUGCGAGAAACUAUGUCCUGGUGGAAGGGGGUUGGGAGGAUUUUGUUGUUCUAAGUGAUAAUAGGAAGUAAAGUUUUGUUUAGUGUUGCUGCACAAUCUUGGUAAAUGUAAAAAAAUAUAUCUAAUAUGAAGUAGCAUGCAGGCACAGUGAUGGCAAAGCAAUGACAAGUAUAAUUUGAAUUUUGAAUAUUUUUCAAGUUAUUUGAAUCACUUGCAAACUAGAAUCCUAAAUCUUCCAUGACGUCUAAAUGUUCAGUCACUGCAUAAUGAGCUGUGUAACCUCAGCUGGGCAACUACUCAGCCAAUCAGCUGCUAGGCAUGGGUUGACCAUUCCAGUCAAAGGAAACUUCUGUUGCUUCAAUCGCCACAACGGAAAAAUUAAAAUGGCACUUGCAUGUGAACACUUUGAAAGUCAAAACCGUUUUUACCUUUGUCAAUGGUGUCUUCCAAUUCUCAGCAGGUUUAAAACAAAGCCAUUGACUCUUCUUAAUUUAUCUUGUAAAUAUAACCCAAUUAGAAUAUUAAGACUUUAUUUUUUUAAUAUCUUACUUAUUUUUUUGUGCACUUUCAUUCUUGUAUUUGUCUGGCUAAUUUUACGCACUGCCUAAUUGUUCCUUGCUCGAUGGGUUCUGCAGACACCAUGCACCAUUCUGACGUGCUUUGGAUUUCUGUUCUGUUAUGAACAUCUCAGAAUCACUUUUCUUACUUAUUAUUGUACAGUAAACCAGAGUAAAAAUUGUAGGCUUGGUUAAGUAAAACCAAGUAGAUGAUGAAAAUAUGAUAAUAUAUAUGUUGUAAAUAUGGAGUAUAUUUAAAAGCUCCGAUAUGAUUUUCUAUUUUCACAUUAAACAUUAAGCUGUUAA